AAAAACAAUCCUUUUCAUGUGUCAACAAUUGCCAAAACAACACAUGUUUUCACUUUAUGUUCUAUAAUUUAUUUUAAUUAUAUCGCUUCUUAAGCCAAAAUGCCGAAAACUAAAAAAUUCAUAGAUCGAAAGAAGGCCGUCACUUUCAAUUUAGUGCAUAGAUCUCAAAGAGAUCCUUUAGCAGCUGACGAGACCGCCCCACAACGCGUUUUAGUGCCUGUUAAUGCUACUAUACCCACAAGAAAGGAUAAAGAACCUGAACUUACUCCAGAACAACAGAAAGAGGAGCAGCGUAAAUAUGGAAUAUACUUUGAUGAUGACUAUAACUACCUUCAACAUCUUAAAGAUACCAAAGAAGUUACAUUGGUUUUACAGCCUAAAGCAAUUCACAAAAGGAAACAACCCGCUGGUAGUAAGGAAGAAGGAGGUGAAGAUGGUGUGAUAGAGGUGACAGAAAAAUUACAAUUCCCCAGCUCUGUAUUUGCUUCUGAGGUAGAGGAAGAUGUUGGAUUGCUGAAUAAAGCAGCUUCGCAAGGUCUGUGUCUGGAUUUGGACCCUGAGGUGGUUGCAGCACUGGAUGAAGACUUUGAUUACGAAGAUCCUGACAAUCAACUUGAAGAUAAUUUCAUUGAACUUGCUAUGGGAGAGGGCGGUGAUGAAGAUAUGGAUGAAGAUGAUGACAAUGAAAGUAUGGAAGAUAUUGAUUCCAACAAAUCGUUUGAUUCUGAUUUCGACUCAGAUGAUGACAGUGUUGAUUCCCAGGAAAGGAAACCGCAAAUGAAGUGGGACUCAAAGGACGACACCAAGUCUCGCUUCUCGCAAUAUUCAAUGUCAUCAAGUGUUAUCCGUCGAAAUCAAGGAUUAUCAUUGUUGGAUAAUAGAUUUGAAAGGAUGUUCGCCGAGUACGACGACACGGAAGUAGGUGCGCUAGAUCUAGACGAAAUAGAAGGCUACCUGCCAGACACGCACAAUAUGCUACUGGACGCUGCCAAAGAGUUUGAGGAGUCCCAGAAGAAGUAUCAGCUCGAUAAGGAGAAGGAAAUUGCUAGACUGCAACGCCUACAAGAGAUCGAGGAAGAGUCAGAAGACGAUCUGGCGACGGUAGAAGUGGAGCCGCAAGAGAAGUGGGACUGUGAGACUAUACUAUCAACAUACUCUAAUUUGUACAACCAUCCGAAACUCAUUGAAGAGCCUAAAAAACAAAAAAUAAAAAUAAACACGAAGACCGGCCUACCCGAAGACACCCUGGGCAAAGACAACAAACUGACCAUGAAGUCACUGGCGAAAUUCAACGCGAUGAACCAAGAAAACGGUUCCGAUUCGGACGACGACGGACGGACGAAUGCGGAGACUGUUCUUUCUACGCUUAGCGUAUUGUCCAUCAGACCAAAAGACGAAACGCCUGAAGAGAAAAAGGAACGAAAACGUCUCCUCAAGGAAUACAGAAAAGAGAGAAGGAUAGAGAAGAAGGCAAACAAAGAAGCAUUUAAAGAAGAGAAGAAGCGACAAGAGAAGAUUAUGCUGAAUAAUAGAAAUAAUGUGCAAGGAAAUAAAAUAUUUUAAAACGAAA